UCGUGUAGCUUUGCUGUUGUCCUGAUGUCCUGUUGUGAUGUUAAAUUUUGUUUAAUGCCGCUUUUAAUAUCUCUGAGGAACUUCAGAGUUCUUGUGGAAAGUUUACAAAAUAUGUUGUAGUUUGAGGAAAGCAAAACCGUGACGCCAUGGCGCACUUUGACUGUUGGAAGGUGUUGGUAAAAGAGUUCCCCUGGCUCUAUGACACGACGAACCCAGAUUUCUUUAAUGAGGAGUUGAAGGCGCGCUGUUUCGAACAGCUUCUAGAGAAGUGCAAAAAUGAAGGCGACCGAAUAGACAUGACAACAUUGAAGCAGAGGGUGACUGGUCUUAUUCUAUUAGUCCCGCUACAAAAUGAUCUGUUACUGGAAUUGACAACAAGUUUCCCUUGCCUCUGGAACCCUCAGGACUCCAACUACACUAACAAUGCCGUGAGGUCUCUGUGCCUAGAGCAAUUGUUACAGUUGUACAAUAAUCAGUCCUAUAUUAGGAUUACCAUGGCGGAUCUGCAGCACCGAAUAAAAGGUUUUGACCUGGCAUUGCUGCUUCAAAGUGCUGAUUGGAAUGAUAAGCUGAUAAGUUGUGCAAAGACAUACCCUUGUCUAUGGAAUAUUCAGGAUCUGUAUUACAAUGAAGAAAGGGCAAAGGCUCGGAGCUGGAAUCAAUUGUUCAGUGAAAUUCAAAAAUUGGGAGUUCCAUUAAAUAUUGAACAAUUGAAAAAGAGAAUACAUUACCUAAAAUUCCGUUUAUUGAAGCUGGUCAAUAUGGUUGGUCCCCAAUCCAAACCGAUUGCUAGUCCACUGUUUCUGGAACUGGCUCAAGAGUUCCCAUGUCUGUGGGAUUGUCAAAAUAUUGACUUCCAAAAUAAAUGCGUAAGAAGUAUAAGCUAUAAGCGGCUUUUAGAGAAGUACAAUAGGAAGUUGUCAGUAGGAACUGUAACCAUCGAGAAUAUAAAGGAGUCAUUAUUCAAUAUGAUAAAACAUAUUGUAUAUGUUAAAUUUCGUUGCAAAAAUCUGGGUGAGUUGCAGGAUGAGAAACUGAUAAAGUUGGUUCAGAUUUUCCCGUGUCUAUGGGCUAGUCAUCCAAAGUACAAGAUUAAGCGCGACAGGGACCGGUACUUGCAGGAAGUGCUCGACAAGUAUAACAGCGAAUCGGAAAACCCGCUGACCAUGGAUCAACUCAUGAAGAAACUUCAAGAGUUCAGUUUCGUUCAGCUUACUGAUAUGAUACCUGCCUCACCUACAUCUACAAGGAGGAAAAGUAGACUGAGGGAAUUGCUCGAACAGUUCCCGUGUCUGUGGAACCGUGAAGAUUUGGCCUACGGAAACGCUAGUGUAAGAAAGCUCAGCUACCAGAAACUUCUAGAUAAGUAUAACGAAGAGUCACCAGAGCCCAUAACCACGGAUGCGCUCAAGAAGCAUAUUUUCAACUUGAAAAAGCGUGAUGUGAAGUACCAUAAGGUCCAUAAGAUUUGUCCCUCACCCCAAAAAACAGGAAAGGGAUUAAGGGGAAAUAGAUUCAUGGAAUUGCUCAAGGAGUUCCCAUGUCUGUGGAAUCGUCUAGAUUUGGCGUACGGAAACGAGAGUGUAAAAAGGCUCAGCUACCUGAAACUCCUACAGAAGUAUAACGAAGAGUCACCAGUGCCCAUAACCAUGGAUGCGCUCAGGAAACAGCUUUCCAACAUGAGAAGACGCUUGAAGUAUGCUGGUGAGGAUGGUCUCCCACUUAUCCCACUACAUCUAAGAGGAAAGGCUUACAGAUUGAGGAAACUGUUCGAAGAGUUCCCAUGCCUGUGGGACAGUUCCAACAUGGCCUACGAUAAUGCAACAGUAAGGAAGCAGAGCUACAAGAAACUCUUAGAGAAGUAUAAUGAAGAGUCAUCAGUGCCCAUAAACAUGGCCGAGCUCAAGAGGCUGCUUCGCAACAUGAAAAAGAGUAUGGAGUACCGUAAGGUACGGGCGAAGAGGAAAGCCGAUGAAGCGGUGACAGGACAAACGAGCUCAAGCCCUACACUGCAGCAUGAUGUAACACCAGAAAACAGCUCAGAUGUUGAGCCGUUGGCUGGAACGUAUGCCGCGAACCUCGUCGUCCUGCAGGGCAUCCCGACUGUCUUCAGCUGGUGCUGCUUCUGCAGACAGGUUCGGGAUGACUGCCACGAGCUCACCCACGACAAACCCUACGCAUCAACCGAUAGAAUCACACUCAAAGUCAAUGAUAUCAGUGUAGACGUAGAUCUCACGAAGGGUACACCACGAACUGUUUGCCAAAGUUGUGACGCAAAAUUGCAAGAGAUGUAUGAAUUUGUAAAACUUGUCAAAGAAGCUCAAGAGAAGUUUACUAAUGUAAGUAAUUUUGAUGAUUUAAGUGGAAGCCCUGUAAACCUAAAUGAGAUUCCAUCUUAUAUGUCCACAAGCGACGGGGAGGAUGUUUUAUAUGACCCUCUGUCGAUCUCUGAAACGGAAUUCACGAAUACAAAGGUUAGUGCUAGUAAAAGAAAGAAUAAUAAAGAAGCUGCUGUCCCUAGGAAGAAAUUUAGUGUUUCCAUCGACUUCAGUUCCAUGUCAUUGUCAUCAUUUGAUGAUGACAGUUAUGGGAGCAAUGACAUAGGCUCGAAUUGUAAUCAGACAUUUACUUCAGUAGAUUCGUCUAAAGCAUCUACCCGGGAAAUUAAUAAAGAAGUAAAUAUUACAAAUUCUAGACAUAUAGCUGAAAUAGAUACGUUUAAUACAGCAAAUGCACAAGUAACAAAUAAUCAACAAAAUACCAAUACUUCAUUUAGUGACACUCUAAACAUUGCCAAUGUAGAUAUACCCGUUUCCGUAAUUAAUAAAGAAUCUGGAAGAGAAGUUAUUUCUACAUUCAGAUUUUCAGGUUGUACAUUACAAAUUGCAUCUGAAGAUGUUGAAACACUUAUUGUAAAAGAAGAAUAUAAUGAAUUACCUAAUAAUAUAGUCGAUGAAGAUGUUCACCGUCAUACAAUAACUGAAAUGCAGCUAGCGGAAUCACAAAAUCAACCUACAAUUGAAAUUACGAAUACAGUUACAAAUAAGGAUUCACCAAAAGAAAAUACAGAUGAGAUAAAUGUUUCUAGCAAAGUAGUUAGUGAAAAUGCUGAAUCAGUUGUUAUAAAAGAAGAAUGUAUAAUUUUAAGUGACGAUGAAGACAAUAAUGAUAUCGAAUCCACUACGAACAUAAAAUUAGAACCAACUGAAAAUACUUCAGUAUUAUAUAAUCUACUAGGAACUUCACAUCUUCUCGACACGAACCCUUAAACGUUACAAACGGCCUUCAAAUUAGUUCAAGUGUUGAACUACUUGCAACUCAAACAAACAGUGAGCCAGCGUGUGUGAUUCCUAAAUGUGAUCUGCACCGGUAGCAUGGUCGUCCAAUAAACGAUAAAACAUCAGGCCGUCCAUAUCGCACUUACAGGUCUUACAGGUAGUGCGAAAGGGACAGCCUGAUGUUAUAUCAUUUUAUAGUGCGACCAUGAUUGCCUGUCUGGUAGCGUUAAUUGAAUCGGUAGUGAGUCGUAUGAUACACAAGAGAGUCCUAUACACCUUGUUUUUAUUGAAUUCCGUUAACUUUAAGGAAAGGUUCUUUACAUAAAAUACAAUUAAUUUAUUUUAGAAACUAGCGUCUUGACUCUUACGGUUAUCGAGUUAUUAAAAAAAUAAAGAU